GGUAUCGCUUUUCAUCCGCUUCCCUUUCUUCUUUUUUCCUUCGUCGCUGCCACUCGCUUACUGUCUUUAGGACAAUUCGCUCACCAACCGGGUAACGCUCUCUUUCUUUCAUUUUUAAAGAACUGUCUUUACUUCUUUCCAUUAGCAAAGAUGUCCAAUGGCAGCAUUGUGAAGAAGGUCAACGCCUUCAACGACUACGUCGGCAACGUGUCGAACCGCGACCGCGUGAUGUCGGUCGUGCAGUUCACCGCGAUGGCCCUGAUGGAUCCUGCCGCGGUCGCCGGCUGCCCCAACCUGUCCGCACACUUCAACACCGUUCUCCACCUCGCCGCGCACUACCGUAGCAUGACGCGCUUCUCGCAGUGGUUCGUCGUGGGCCCUGCGCUGACUCCCAGCGGGAUCCGCGCCGUCAUCAAGAGCAACCCCAACCCGUGGGUGGGCAUCUGCAAGACCAUCUCCACCGCCUUCUUCACCGUCUUCCUGAUCGGCGAGGAGGUCGUGAUGGGUUCCAAGUGCGGCAUGGUGGAUCCUGUGCUGGGCAAGAAGUUCAACCGCAUUCGCUUUGUCUUCCUCUUCUGGUCGAACAUCGCCCGCCUGCUCAUGAACUACCUCCUGCUAAAGCAGAGCACCUUCGACGCCGCCAAGGACGCGCAGGACGCGGACAAGGUCAAGGAUCAGAAGCGCCGGGUGCUGAGCGUGGCGGAUAGCGUGCUGCAGAGCACGUUCUGCUACACCCUGAUGAAGAACUCUGUCCCGGCGGGCCCGUCGCACAUGUGCGCCGCCUUCAAUUCCGGCAACAUCGUCGACAUCAUCACCGCCUUCGCGCCGCCGCUAUGCAUUGUGCCCAACACACCGCAGGGAAUUAUCGGCCUAGUCGCCUCCGUUCCCGGCUUCAUGAUGAGCGUCCUGUAG